UUUUUUGCUUCUUCUUUUCAUCGAACAAUGCAUUUACGUUAUGGUAGGGCAACCACCUUUCAAGUCUUCUAAGCGACAGCAUUUGGAUGAAGAAGGAAAAAUCCGUGAAGAAGAUGAAGCAAUAUCCAUCCACAUCAUCUAUACUCCUCAGUAAUUUACGUAAAUAUCAAGCUAAGGAACGUGCGUUACUUAUCGGCCGCCCUUAUGAUUGUGUUAGCACCCCAUUGGUAUUAUAUAAUUCUGUUUUUUCUGAUUUUAAGAGAGACUAUAACACAGAAAAUCUACCUAUGAAUAAAGAACACAAUCGAUGGACCCUCGAAACUAUAGAACUUAUGGCAGAUUUUUACAUGGACGAGAAUGGUCGUCAGAAAGUGUUCCAUGAACAACUUCGCAUAUUAUUUGGUCAAGAAGUAACUGAAGACCAACUUGAAGAUAAAUCUUCAAAUGAUGGAGUUUUAAAUUUUUGUACACGUAAUUUAUUAUACCUCCUCAUCGGAAUAAAAAACGAAAUUGACGCUGGAUAUGAUCCAGUUGUUUGGGCGGCCGAUUCAUAUGCGAAGUAUUAUACUCAAAGUAAGAAUCAUAAAUUUCUCAGUGGGUGCAACAUGCCAUGCUUCAUCAUAGCUUUAGCUGGGCCUUGGAUAAGUGUAUUAGGGGCUGUUUAUGUCGAGAAGCCAGUUAUUGAGCCUCUAACAGCUUUUGAACCGCUCAUCCAUGUUAAUGACCUAACCCACUUUGAGAAAAUUGCACGACUUUUUAAGGCUUUACACUUGGGAAGUGAUAGUCUGAAGAAUUAUUAUGACUCACUGCCAUAUACUACAGUAAAUAACGAAGAUUCCCAACGGUAUUACCCCUGCCUUCGCGAAGUCGAAAAUGUUGGAGAAUUCUUUUAUACAGAGAAAUUUAAUGAUAAACUUCUUUGGAGGGCUGAAACGAAGAAAGGUUGUCGACAAAUUAUUGUUAAGUAUACGCACAGGUACAACAAAAACGCACACGAAUUGUGCUCUAAUAUUGGAAAAGCUCCGGGACUAUUACACGUUGGAACGACAUGUGGAUUUUAUUAUGUGGUUAUGGAAUAUAUCGAGGGUGUGAAAUUACGUGAUUGUUUUUUGAGUCGUUCUGAGUAUGAUAAAAUUUUCAAAGAUAUUGAGGAGGCUAUUUCACUUCUACAUUUGAAUGAUAUUGUUUUUGCAGACCUCCGUGGAUCUAACAUUUUGGUUAUCAAAGAUGAAAAUAAAGAGUGUCGUGGGAUGUUAGUAGAUUUUGAUUGGGCUGGCACGAAUAAUGUGGAUAGCUAUCCGCCUUUCAUGAAUCCUAGUAUUAAUUGGCCAACUGGAGCUCAAGAUAGGAUGCCAUUAAAGAUGGAACAUGAUAUAUAUUGGCUGAAUUACUUGAAAAAGCUCUAUUGCCCAGUUUAAUCAAUUAAUCAUUUACGUAGUGAUAAGUUCAAGCUUAUUGUUUAUUUUAUCUUCAUUUUUCUAUUUCACAAGGAGAAAUUUAUGUAAAUCUACUGCUUAUGUCGGAAUAUCCUUAUUUCAUUAAUAAAGUACAAAUAAUAAUGUUUGCUUUUAAUCAGUGUGUGCAUGUAUACA